UGGAAACGCCGCGUUAUUUCGAGUGCGCGUCACAUUAGUCCACGUAUAUUGUUUCGUGCUGUUGCAGGACGAAAUGGUCUCUGUAUCACCAACAAAACAUGAAAUAGUUACAAUUUUAAAUAAGCUUAAGUCUUUGCCGUGCAACAAGCAAUGCUUUGACUGUGGUGCCACAAAUCCAACAUGGGCUAGUGUUACCUACGGUGUUUUUCUUUGUAUUGACUGUUCGGCAGUCCACCGUUCACUUGGAGUCCAUCUAAGUUUCAUUCGAUCGACUCAGCUAGAUACUAACUGGACUUGGGUCCAGUUGCGCGCAAUGCAAGUUGGUGGCAAUCAAAAUGCGCUUACUUUCUUCUCCCAAAAUAAUUGUCGUUCCCUGGAUGCUCAGGAAAAAUACCAAAGUCGUGCUUCCCAACUGUACCGUGCUAAGCUGGAAAAACUUGCUAUUGACGCUGUUAAAACCCAUGGUAACAAGUUGGCUCUGGAACUUGAUGAAGGAAAAUUCAAACGUGAUCAGGUGGCUGACUUUUUUGAGGAACAUACUGAAAGUGGUACGACUGACAUUAGAAAUGAUGAACCUGUGAUAGUAACAACAAAAAUGAAUCUGGAACAGUCAGUUGGGCCUACCGUUGAUAAUCUAUUCAAUUCUCCUGUAUCUGAACCUGGUCCUACAAAAAUACCUUCUGUAAUUGGAACUAGAAAACCGAAUACUACACGGUCUAGUGCUAAAAAAGGUGGAUUGGGGGCAUCAAAGGUGAAAGCUGAUUUCUCUGCCAUCGUUUCGGCUGCCGAACGUGUUGAUAUUGAAAAAAAAUGUCAGAUUCGUUCAAUUGACCAGGAUUUAGAAGAUAAGGAAAAACGUAAUGAAGAACGACUUGCGUCCAUUCGGUUAGCGUAUAAAGAUAUUACCGAUGGAUGUGAAAGUCAAGACACUGCCAACUUGAAGUCUACAGACUCUCAACGUGCCAAACAAGCUGAACGCCUUGGUAUGGGUAAAAUAGGUACAGGCAACAGAGAAAUAUCGCACUCAGCAUUUGCUAAUAUUCAAAAAAUAGAGCAAGAAAACUCGGCUCCCACCCACACUUCAUCACUAAGUUCAAAUUUGGACCCUUUCUUCAUUUCAAGUUACAGUAAUAGAGACCGUGAUACACGCAAUUUUUUCGAUUCUGGAGAUGAUAAUUUAUUCGGAGGCUCUGCGACGUAUGGUAUGAAUGGCGGAUGGUCAAAAAAUAAAUCAAGGGACAAUGACUGGGAUGGGCAUUUUUCAGAUCCUUUUAAUCAAAAGCCAAACAGAACACGUGAUUUGUCUACUGUUGCUGAUGAAUUUCCAACUAAAUCACCCAGCAAACAGCCUACAUCUCUUUCGUCUAAACAAUCAGAAACUAAUCCAGAUCUAAGUGAAUUAAUGAAGAAGUUUGCCAAUGCGACUUCUAUAUCGUCGGAUGCGUUUUUUGACCGAAAUGAUAUACUAUGAAAAAUCUCUUGAUUAGCAGAGCCGAAUAGUGCCUUCUGUCCAAAGAAUAUGGAUGCAAUCAAAGAGGAACACGCAUUCCAGUUUAUAUAAACCGGUGUGACAUUAUAACAAACAAGAGUAGCAUCUAUAUUUGAAAUUGCUGCAAAUUGUGUGCAAGUUAUGUUAACAAUUGUCUGUAUAGAUCAAAUUAUCUCGCUUAUUCUUAAUAGACAAGUUGCCUGCGUCAUUCUCUCUAGAAAACUAAUAAAAUAUCUUUUUAUUUAUGUUCACAUGUUUUUAAGAAGUUCAGUUCGUCGUAAUUGAGUUAUCAUUAUGUAAAAACUAUGUUCUUUGAAAGGUGAUAGUUGAAUUAAUCAGCCUUUAUGUUUGUUUUUCUAUCCUUCGAAGGUUCUAUAUAUGUGCGAUAUCUAUUUAUUCACUUGUUUUUCACUUAUACUAGUCUGAAUCUGAUGGGCUCUCAAGAUUUCAUGGGAGUUCAUCUAUUUCGAGUGAUGAUUAUUUUGGUCAUCCUAAAGUGCGACAGUCUCAGGUAUCUAAUGAAUUACAAAAUAUCAAAGAUGGUGUCAAGCAAAGUGUAACUAAAGUUGCUGGACGGCUGUCAAAUCUGGCAACUGACGUAGUACACACUCUUCAAGAUCGAUUCGGUUAGUUGCUUCCAGCUUUUUUAAUGCUUUCAGUCAGCUUGUGGGCCUUUCAGUCAAUAUUCUGGUUUAGAUGCCAAUCUUCUCUUCGUUUUCGGCCACGAUCGGGGUUCAGGACAUUCCUUUUUUCCGGUUAUCUAUUAUUAAAGCUUUUGUUAUUUUUUGUUUUAUUCAUCUCUCCAGAGAUAAUAAGUUAGUUAAUCCUAGUUGACUGUAAGAGCCAUUUUGUUUAGUGGAUGAUAUAAAUUGAAGUUUUGUAAAACAUAUUUUUGGUUGUAAACACCAAGUAAACCAUAGUUUCUGGGGUGAUUGUUGUCUUGAAAUGCCUCCUAUUAUUGACGGAAAUUAUUAUAACGUGAUUGCUUUAUUCAUGUGAAUCGCUUUCCUUUUCGUAUGUAUCGAAUAAUCUAUACACCAAUGUUUCUAGCAUGAUUAUCGCAACAUCUGUGGGUAGGAGAAACAUAAACAAAGAAAUUGACGGAUUAAUAUUGAUAUAUUUGACCUUAUUAUUGACACUUUCAUAACACAUAUUGAUAUGAGUUAUGUUUCGUCCUGGUAUAUGACUCGAGUGCGUGUCUACAAUCCUACCAAGGAUCAAAUCUAGAAAAUAAAAAAUUCAGUAGCAUAUAUCAUUAGUUAAAGAUAUGUCCUCCAAUGGUAAUCUUGACAAACUGAGAAGUCUUUGUGUUUAAUAAAGAACGUUCGUGUGCAGAGCGGUGAAAAUUGUCCGGAAGAUUUUGUGAUGUUCUACGUUUCUUUCAGUCCUAUAGGACUGAUAUUUUGUUGAUCAUAAAUAUUGGCUAUCUACAUGCAAGUUCUAUGAAAUGUAUCAGAGGAACUACUCAUCUGUUGAGUAUACAAAUGUCAUUACUAAGCUCGUAUUGAUGAAUUAUUACUGUGCUGAAGGUCCUCACGAAACUGGAUGUAAUUCAAAAUAUUUAAUGGGGGAGAGGUAGCAACAUGAGCAUUGUCAACAUUUAGGGACAAAUGCUUAAAUGUAAAAACGAUGUUAUGGGUUUCACAGAUCAUGUGAUUCGUAACUAAUGUUAUUUCACUUGCAGGUAUCAUUACUAAGGUUUGACCUGAUAAUUUCGAAUAAAUUGAGUAUUAGAUACUUUGUUAUAAAUAAAUUAAUAUUUUUAAUGUCCCAAUGAGAAGAAAAAUUAGAUUUUCUGACAUUUCCUGACUCAGUGUAAGCCAAAUAUAUUAAUUUAUAAUAUUAUUGCACUGUUUGGCUGAUUAUGACUUCUUUUGAUCUUACGGUCUUAGGUCUUCCUUUUUUAUUGUGAAACUAGACUUACGGUUUUCUACAUAUGAUAGCUAAGCCGUUACACCGAUAAUUUCUACCUUGGAUUAGACCAUAUAUCAUGAAUUAGAAAACACAUUUAAGGCGGUGGUAAAAAAAGUUACCUGUUUUCAGUUAACGAACUAACCCUAACCAUUCCUGUCAGAUAAUUCGAACGAUAUUUGGAGGAUUACAGCACUUUUACACCAUGAUAAUCGCUAAACACCAUCAUCGGGUACUACUAACACAAGGUACAUGUUCUGACUGUUUUAUUCACGAAAUAGUGCUCCCAACUGAACUACAACUUUUGAUCCAAUUCGUUUCGUUAACGAACUCACCAAAUAUGAUAGUUUAAAUAUAACCGUUUUGCUGCUAUUUAUUGUGAUUGAAUGAUAGUUUUUUUUAUAUUACUUGAUUAAAGGUACGUAUUGUAGCCUUGAAUUGUUCACUUGAAAACCUGGAAGUACUAGACGGCCGUUUUGUCCUAGUAUGGUCGCGCAAGAUCAUGGACCGACUCAAGCUAGACAAUAACACCGUUGGAUGCGUGCUCAUUGUUCUAGAGGUUACGCGGGAUCGUGGAUCCGCUCUGCUGAUGAGUCCCAUACUUGGACGAGACGGCCGUCCAGGUUUUCAGUGGUGGUCUAACAUUGAUCGGUUCAUGAUCUCAAUGAAAAUAUAGCUCACAUUGUAAGCUCCAGCUUCACCUUGUAUACCCUUAAGUUCAUGGGAGUUUUAUUAUUUAUUUGAUUAGACACAUUCUCUUAAACCUGUAAAGAUAAUAGAAAGAACUAGCUUAACGCUGAAACAAUUCAUUACUUAUAAAUAAAUUAGUACAGCUUUAUUUAGAACGGAUUGAGUGAUUUUUCAAUAGAAUGUUAUCUUUCUACUUAUUGGGCUUGCAUAAAUAUUGCUUCUUCUUUUAUAAUUGGUACAGUUUUUCAAAUGGUAACCAGAAUUUUCGGCAUAAAGCUGUCAUUGAUACAGAGGUAUUGUUUUUAGAAUUCUUAUUUGUAAAUAAAAGAAUUUCUUUCGAUCGGCCAUGUAAGCUCUGAAACGAAAGAGAAACACGUCGACUUUUAUAAUUGUAUACUAACGAUCAUUGACUACAUAAAACUACCUGACAAGUUUGGGAGCUUUGAUGUGAAUGGUUUCCUUUUGUAAUAUUUCGUCCAGUCAUACUCUGUCAAUGUUGUUGACAUGGAAAUCUAGGUCUUAUUGUUAGCUGAAUGAAAAGCCUCUAAUCCCUCAAAUAAUAUCGUAGAAUAUGCUUCGGGAAAUUCGCCUAAUAUAUAUGAUCUUCGAAGUAUAUUAUCUUGAAGUAGUUUUAUCAUAAAAUAUAUUUCAUCUUGUAUUAA